GAAAUAUACAAUAAUAUGUGUUCAGAGAGCGAUUUCUUUAAACAAGUGCGAUGCUCGACUCGUAGGCCUGCAAGCAUCUACUAUGCAUUAGCUAACUUAGCUUUAGAAACUCGUAUAUCGAGAGAUGCACGUUGUUGUUAUAAAAUUCAUUAUCGUUUGGAUACUAAAGAGGUCGUGUUAAACAGUUUAUGAAAUCAUAUAAAUUAUAUUACAUUUUACCAUAAAAAUUCAGGUCUGAUACAAGCACUGAGAUACACAUGGGCCUACUCAAAAAGCAUUUCAUUGACACAUUUUGGUCAAUUUGAUCACAGUUAUAGCAAUUUGCAACAUCAUUCCAAUGUGUAAAUGUAUAAUUUGGACUGCCAUACAAAUUAAGGGUCUCGCAUCAUAUAUGGAUUAAGGUAAUUAUACUAACACCUAUUUGAAUGAUAGUCGUCCAUUUAAAGAACGAGGCUCAGUUGAUAAUCUAUUCCAAUUCUCCUCUACAUUAUCUGAUGCUUAAAAAUGACUUUCAUUAUAAUAAUAAUAAUAAUAAUGUAUUUGAGUUGAAUAAUAGCCUACACAAAAAUGAAAAUUCAAGGAUCAAAUAAGAUAUGGAAGCUAUAUGGCUGUACCAGUUCCGGCUGAUUGUCAUUGGCGACUCGACGGUGGGGAAGUCUUGUUUGAUCAGACGCUUCACAGAAGGACGUUUUGCACAGGUGUCUGAUCCUACUGUUGGCGUAGACUUCUUCUCCCGUCUGGUAGAGAUUGAACCAGGCAAACGCAUCAAGCUUCAGAUCUGGGACACGGCAGGCCAAGAGAGAUUCAGAUCUAUCACAAGGGCUUAUUAUCGUAAUUCAGUGGGUGGCCUUUUGCUUUUCGACAUCACCAACCGCCGCUCCUUCCAGAAUGUCCACGAGUGGCUGGAGGAAGCGCGCAGUCACGUGCAGCCGCACAGCAUUGUCUUCUUACUGGUGGGCCACAAGUGUGACCUGGAGCAGCAGCGGCAGGUGAGCCAGCAGGAGGCCGAGAAACUGGCAGCCGCUUACGGCAUGCGCUACGUGGAGACCUCGGCACGCGACGCCAUAAACGUAGAGAAGGCCUUCACGGAGCUGACGCGCGAUAUCUACGAUCUAGUCAAAAGUGGUGAGAUCACCAUCCAGGAGGGCUGGGAGGGUGUUAAGAGCGGUUUCGUGCCCAACGUGGUGCACUCAUCCGAGGAGGUCACCAAGAGCGACCGCCGCUGCCUCUGUUGAUCAAGUGACUUCUGUAUCAUGCUCCUUCACUGCAAAACCAGUGCUGUCGUUCUCCCUUAGCUUGACAACCCACAAAUACUCUCGUCCCCUCGAUCAAUGUUUCCUGCUUUCAUAGUUACUUCAAAUAAAGUUCCUAUUCUCUUUAAAGCCAAUUCAGAUAAUGACCUAAAUAUCAGCAAAUGUGAAUUUCCUGGAGCUUUGGCAAGUCUGGCAGGAUGGAACCUGGAGAACUGAGUUGUGGGAACCGUUUAAGUAAAAAAAUGCAGAAACACUGAUCCUUUGGAGCAAAGACUGAUCUGAAGUUUAAACCAAAAGUUCACCUAGAAAUGAUGGAUCAUUUGAGAGCAUGUACAGGAGGACCACACCAAUCCAAACGUCCCAUUGGACUAAAUAGCCCCUAAUGUGUUCACUUAAUAAUCAUUUUCUGUAAUUUCUUUUUGAACGAAAUUCCAAGUUUUAUUCAGCAAGGUUGCAUUCAAUUGAUCAAAGGUGACAGUAAAAACUUUCAACUUUCUAUUCAUUAAAGAAUCCUGAAAAAUGGUUUCCUCAAUGAUAUUAAGCAGCACAACUGUUUUUACCAUCAAUAAUUUCAAGAAAUGUUUCUUGGGUACCAACUAAACAUAUUAGAAUGAUUUCUGAAGAACGGAGUAAUGACUAUGCUAUUACAGGAAUAAAUUACAUUUUAAAAUAUAUUAUAAUAGAAAACAUUCAAACUGUGCACAAUAUUGCCAUUUUUACUGUAUUUUUGAUCGAAUAUAUGCAGCCUUGUCGAGAAUAAUAGACUUCAUUCGAAACAUUAAAAAAAAUCUUACCAACUGCAAUGUUUUGAAUGUUGAUUAUUUAUAUGCUGGGACCUCUGAUUAAUAUAAUUCAACAGUAGGGGGAGAAAUCGUAGAGGUUAUACCAAUAAUACGGAAUAUAAGAAGUCAGUUUUUUCUUCAGGAUGCACCCUUGUUAAAUGGCCCAAUACAUACUAAAUAAAAUGCAUUUUAAAUCACUACAUGCAAAUCUCUGAGAAAUAAUAAACCUUACAGAAAAUCCUCAGUUAUUAGCCACAUUUGAGUUUCCAGCUUUUUCCAAAAUGGUCAUGAUUUCACUAAAGACACUUUUCCAGAAACGUGACUGACAUACCUAUUUGUAAAGCACUGUUAAAUCAUGUCUUGGUUCUUCUUAAUAAAGUUCACUCUUUCAUAACUGUUGCCUGUCACUUGAGGUUAGUAGCUGCUGAGAUGUACAUUUUUUGACUUACAGACUAAUACAAUGUCAUUUAGCCGACCGAAAUGACUAUUAACUGUGUAUUUAUUGAUCUUGUGUGAGAGACGAGAUGAACUAUCAAUAAAAUGUGUGACACAAAAGAUUUUGUGUCUAAAAAUGA